GUGUUUUCCCAGAUCUCGGCCGCUAUCUUGUACCGUCAUGGCUGCCGGACCUGGACCGGUGCCGGUGGAGGUGGACGACUUGCCGGAAGGCUGGAAGGCCUUUGCCACCAAUGACGGCAGCACCUACUUCUGCUUUCCCCAGGUCUACUACUCCUGCCGCGCCCUUUCGAAGGUGCAGUGGCAGAAGCCGGGGCCAGAAGAUGCCCAGGAUCCCUUCGUGGGAGAGACCAUCAAUGGCAAGAGGCCCUUCAUGAAGGGGGACGAGUUCAUCCCGGACCCACCGCCUCCCAAGCCGUAUGACGGCCCGCUGGCCGACCAGAAUUACAAGGCCUCCACCGAGGAUCCGGAGGACGUGUUCCAACCGGACGAGGAUAUGCUGGAGGCAUGUGUGGAGUGCGAUAUGGAGAAGCUGAAAGCUGCGCUGGAAGAUGGCGCAGAUGUUUCUCUUCCGAACCAGCCGUGGCAGAACACUCCGCUGCACCUGGCGAACUGCCCGUACUUCUGGGAUACCGACCUCAUGGCCAAAGAGAAAGCCCUUCGCUUCGAGAUCUCGCAAUAUCUGGUGCGACAGGGAGCUGACAUCGACGCGGAGAACAUCUUCCACUGCAAGCCCAUAGACCUCGCCAUUUUUCACGGAUACGAGGGCACCGUGCGCUUCCUGCAGGAGGAAGGCUCCAAGCCAGGCAUCUUCAGUGCAGCGUACCUUGGCGACCUGGAUCGGGUCAAGGAGCUUCUGGAGGAAGGCGUGGACAUCGACCUGAAGGGCCGCUACAGGCGCACCGCCUUUGCGGAGGCGCACCUGCGAGGGCACUUUGCGGUGGAAGCCUUCCUGACGCAGCAGGGCUGCAGCCGUGAGAUUCCGCAUCCUGAGCAUCUCAAGUUUAACCCCGGGGGCGCAGCGAUCCCUCGCGGUGGUGCGGUGCCCAAGCGCGAGAAGCAGUACAUCCGGGAGGAGGAUGCAGAGUGGUAUGACGAUAUGAUGGAGAAGCGAUAUCCUGGCUACAUGGAGAAGUUCAUGAAGGUCGGCAAGUAAGAAAGGGUU